AUGCAUUUGGUUUUGAACCAUAACUGUAAUUCAGUUAAUACUUGUGGAAGAACUGUUUCUCAGCUUUGGCUCAGAAAAUUGGUACGAAAUUUUAUGCAAUGGACACAAAGCAAUGAAAAAACAGCAAUUCAUUGUCUAAGUAGUCAGAACUGGAAUCUGGAGUUGGCCUGCGAUGCUUAUUACCAGAAUCCACAAUUGUAUAUGUGCAUGGCAGAUGUGGUUGACCAAAGAAAUAGACAAGACAAUGAUCCAUCAUGUAUCGGGCCUCAUGGAAUGUUACGCUUUCUGACAGAUCUUGGUUUAAAUCCAGCUGAUCGAAAUGUACUGAUAUUAGCCUGGAAACUCAAAGCAAAGACGCAGUGCGAAUUUACUUGGGAGGAAUUCAGUACCGGUUUGAACGAAAUGAAAGUAGAUUCUUUGGAAAAAUUGAGAACGAAAAUACCAACGCUGAGCGAGGAACUCAGGAAUCCAAUCAAUUUUCGAGAUUUUUAUCAGUUCACUUUCAAUUAUGCCCGUGCAUCCCCGCAGAGGACAUUGGAAGUGGAGACAGCCAUUGCUUACUGGGAAAUUGUGUUCGACGGCAAUUUUAGUUACCUUCCUUUAUGGACUAGCUUCCUUCGGGAAAAGGAAGUGAAAAGCAUACCACGUGAUACGUGGAACUUAUUAUUGGAUUUUUCUUUGACGAUUGCACCGGAUUUCAACAAUUACGAUGCAGAAGGAGCAUGGCCUGUUUUGAUUGAUGAAUUUGUAGAAUAUGCAAGAAGUAAAAUAUAG